UGGAUCGGAUCGCACGUGCCGCCCUCUGUAGCGAGUGCCGCGAACUUGUCGCGAGUGUAAGUGUAAGUGAGCGAUGGCAGCUCUGGUGUCGGCGCUGCUGCUGGCGGUGAUGCUGGCUGCCGCGGUGGCCACCCCACCGGACCCCUGCUACGAGGAGUCGCGCCCUCGGAGGUGCAUCCCCGAUUUCGUGAAUGCUGCUUUCGGUGCCCCCGUGAUCGCGUCUUCAGCGUGCGGCCGCCGCGGGCCCGAGAACCUGUGCGACCCUCCACUCGACCAGUCUCCGGAGCUGGCUUGCAGGGUGUGCGACGCGGCUCGGCCUGACCGCCGCCACCCGUCGCUUUAUCUCACAGACCUCAACAACCCCAAUAACAUAACGUGUUGGCGCUCGGCCGCUCUCAUGCCUGCCUCGUACGACUCACCUCCCGACAAUGUGUCGCUGACCCUCUCCCUCGGGAAGAAAUAUGAGUUGACGUACAUCAGCCUACAGUUCUGUCCGAAGUCUGCCCGACCAGACUCAGUGGCGAUCUACAAGAGUGCAGAUUACGGGCUCAACUGGCAACCUUUCCAGUUUUACUCGAGUCAGUGUCGGCGGGUGUACGGCCGGCCCAACAAGGCCACGGUGACCGCCGCGAACGAGCAGGAGGCGAGGUGCUCCGACACCCACCGUCUGGCCGGCGACAGUGCAGGAGGUGCGAGACUUGCAUUUAGUACCCUAGAGGGUCGACCCAGCGCGGCCAACUUCGACCUCUCCCCUGUGCUUCAGGACUGGGUGACCGCGACAGACGUGAGAGUCGUGUUUAAUCGCUUGCACAUGGUGAACGAAGGCGACGAGAUAGAUUUGAAGAAGCAGGCGGCUCCUGGCACACAGCACUACGCGGUAUCUGAUUUCGCCGUCGGGGGUCGGUGCAAGUGCAACGGGCACGCGUCGCGCUGCAUCCCGAUGAAGGAAGGAGAGGGCUCCAGCGCUGGUGGAGUGGUGCAACUGGCCUGCGACUGCAAGCACAACACCGCCGGUAGAGAUUGCGAGAGAUGCAAGCCGUUCCACUUCGACCGACCCUGGGGCCGCGCGACCGCCCGAGACGCCAACGAAUGUAAAGAAUGCUCGUGCAAUGGCCACGCUCGGCGGUGCCGGUUCAACAUGGAGCUUUACAAGCUGUCGGGCCGCGACAGUGGCGGCGUCUGCCUUAAAUGCCGGCAUUAUACGGCCGGCAGGCAUUGCCAUUACUGCCGGGAAGGAUACUACAGGGAUCCUACCAAGCCCAUCACUCACAAGAAGGCUUGCAAACCCUGCGACUGUCACCCUGUUGGAGCCAGUGGGAAGACCUGUAAUCAGACGAGUGGCCAGUGUCCCUGCAAGGAUGGCGUGACGGGGACUACAUGCAACAGAUGCGCCAAAGGAUAUCAACAGUCCAGGAGCCAUAUUGCCCCUUGCAUACCGGACCAGUGCGGUCGGUGUCGCGUCGGCGCCCGCACGCUAAACCUGAACAAGUUCUGCAGCCGAGACUACGUCAUAAUGGGCAAGGUGGUAGGUCGCGAGGCGAGCGCGGCUGGCGGCGCCUGGUCCCGUCUGGCGCUCAACGUGCAGGCGGUCUACAAGCGCGCUCCCCGCAGCCGGCUGCGACGGGGCGCCGCCGCGCUCUUCGUGCGCGCCCGGGACCUCGCCUGCAAGUGUCCUAAACUAAAGAUCAACAAAUCAUACCUAAUCCUAGGAGUGGAAAAAGAAGGUCUUCAAGCUGGCUUACCGGGCCUAGUGGUGGGAGAGAGAACCCUUCUCCUUGAGUGGCGCGACGACUGGCACCGACGCAUCCGUCGUCUUCAGCGUCGCGCGAUCAACUGCCACUAGUCGCCAAAACAUGCCGAUAGAUGUCACUGUUAUAGAUUUUAUUCGUAGAGACUACCGGUCUCCAUCACAAGAUGUCGCUGUACAGGCCAGACAAAGCCGCGGGCAUUUGUUGACUCGUAUUCCGUCGUUUGUUCCGUGCGAGAAUCGAAGAGUAGUUAUUCAUUCAAAUGUUACUGCCACUCGUAACUAUGAUAAUAUUUUUUGAACAUUAAUUAAUUGGCCUUCGAAAGUUUCGAUGUUAAUAAAUCACUAAUGAAUUUUUCGAACGAUAUCUUUUUAACUGACAUUGUUUCUGAAAUCGAAUUAAAGUCUUUUCUAUCAUUGAAUAUAAUCAUAAGUUUCCUAGUCCGUAAGAAUAUACUGGCAACAUUUUCUACUGUGAACCUGCUUACAUUGUAGAAUCAUAUUCAAGUAGAAAAUAUACGAUUCCGAAAAUGAUAAAAUUAGUAAUAUGUUUCCUUUCCUAGGAUUUAUAGGAUUAAAUAAAUAACUUAUAACUUGAACUUGAUGUUAUGCAUAAAUACGUGCGUUUCUUUUCUGUUUCUCGUAAAACACUUUAAGCUAUAUUAAGAUUCGCUUGUUUUGUGUCCUAGCAACAUUCUUAUCUAUUAGAUUGAUUUAUGCAAUUGACAAGUGACUGACACUGGCAACUACUACUUCUUAUUAACCAUGGACGUAUAAUAUAAAAACGAACUGUUUAAUCUUUCCUUUUUUAAAUUAAAUUUCAUCAAUACUUAUAUACAUAGAUUGUUUUAAUGAAUAAUGUUGUGAACUUCUAAGUAAUCUAUACGCUCUAGUCAAAGUGGACAUAUUGAUGACAUACAUGUUGAAACUCCUUCUCUUUCUCCUCCUAUAAAGGCUUCGACGUAAACUCGACUGUAAUUGUAAGGUGAUAAGGUAUAUUUUAUGUACGAGUAGGCCUGCACCAUUUUGCUUAUUUCUGCGACGAAGCAGUCAUGCGUUAUGUUGUGGAGGGUAGUAGAAGUGCCAUUAUAAGAUACCGUUUGAGACUACAACCUCAUGUCUCAAGGUGACGGUUACGGUAGUUACGCUAUGAUGUACAUAGCACCCAGGUGGUGUGGUACCGUCAACACAAAAAACAAUUC